CACCAGCUGAGCAAUGCACACCGCAGACCUGUAGCAGACUUACAUCAUCUUCAACAUGAAGAUACCCAUAGUGCCAAUGCUUCUAACUCUGGCUCUUUGCCUCAUACAAGAUGCUGCCAGUGGGAAUGCAAAUCAGGAAACAUGCAGUGAAUUUCAAGCAUUGAUGAAAAAUGGGAAACUGUUCUGUUCUCAAGACAAAACAUUUUUACAAACUCCUGAUGGAGUCAUGUUCAUCAAGAAAUGUGCCUCUUGCAAAAUGAUACUGGAACAGGAAGCAAAAUCCCAGAAAAAAGCUAGACACUUGGCAAGAGCCGCUCAAAAUACUGCCCCACCACAGCUGAAUUGUGAAGAUUUUAAGAAAGUGGGCAACACUGAGGAAUUUAUCUGUACCACUGAUACUUCUGCAGUUUGUGGCACAGAUGGUAAAACGUAUCGCAGCAGAUGUGACCUGUGUGCUGAGAAUGCGAAAAGCAGGAAACAAGUUAGCAUAAAGAAUGAAGGACACUGUGACAGCACUAACCCAGAGCAGGAUAUGUGCAGUGAUUUCCUUGCCUUUGUGAAAGAUGGAAGACUUGAAUGUACAAAGGAGAGUGAUCCACAUUUUGGUCCUGAAGGGGAGGCACAUGGCAAUAGGUGUUCUAUGUGUGCUGAGCUCUUUUUAAAAGAAGCUGAAGAAAAGGACAAACAACAAGAAGGAAACCGAACUCGAAGAGACGCUGAGAAGGAACUGUGCAAGGAAUUUGAAAACCAAGUGAAGAGUGGAAGACUUUUUUGUACCAGGAAAAGAGCCCCAAUCUAUGGUCCUGAUGGCAGGAUUCAUUACAACAAAUGUUCCCUGUGUGCUGAGAUAUUCAUGAAACGUUUUUUGGAAGAAAAAAGCAAAACAACGCAAAACCGGAGAAAUGCUAGAAAUAAAGCAAAAGAUGAAAAACAAACUGAGGUGAGGAAACUCUGUAGUGAAUAUCGAAAGCAUAUGAAGAAUGGAAUACUUAUCUGCUCCAGAGAAAUUGACCCUAUUCAUGGUCUAGAUGGGAAAUUGCAUAUUAACAUGUGUUCCAUGUGCCAAGCAUUCUUCCAAAAACAAGCAGAAGAAAAGAAGGCUGAAGUCCAAGCAAGAAACAAACGGUUUCAAAAGUCACUUUCAUAUGAAGAGAUUUGCCGUGAAUACAGGCCGUACAUGAAGAAUGGAAAACUUCCUUGCACAAGAGAGAAUGAUCCCAUCUAUGGUCCAGAUGGGAAAUAUCCCAGAAAUGUCUGUUACAUGUGUGCAGCUUUCUUCCAACAAGAAGAAAAAGCAAGAAAAAGGGCUAAAAGAGCAGCUACAAAGGAAGACUGUAAUGAAUUCCGGGACAAAAUGAGGAAUGGAAUGCUCAUGUGCACCAGGGAGAAUGACCCUGUCAUUGGGUUAGAUGGCAAAAGACAUGCAAACAAGUGUGUCAUGUGUGAAAAUAUGUUUAAACUUGAAGAAGAGGAAAAAAAUAAUCACCGAAAAGAAAAUGAGAAAGCUACUAUGGACAAAGUGAAGAGAGAAGCAAUCCAGAAACUAUGUAAUGAAUAUCGUUCCUACUUGAGGGAUGGCUGGCUACCCUGUACCAAAGAGAAUGACCCUAUCAGAGGCCUAGAUGGAAAAAUCCAUGGCAACACCUGCUCAAUGUGUGAGGCCUUCUUUCUGCAAGAAGCAAAAGAAAAGGAAGCUGCAUACAGAGCAAAAGUGAAAAGAGAAACUGAAAAGGGCACCUGCAAUGAGUUCAGGAGCCUUUUGCAAGAUGGAAAUAUUUUCUGCACACGAGAAAAUGAUCCUGUGUUUGGCCCAGAUGGCAAGAAACAUGGCAACAAGUGUGCCAUGUGCAAGGCAAUCUUUAAGAAAGAAAGUGAAGACAGAAAGAAAAAAGAAGAGGAAAGUCAGAGAAUCACAUCAGGGCAUGGUUCCGGUAGUGGCAAAGGGAAAGAUCAGGACAUCUGUGCUGAGUUUCGAGGAAAUAUGAAAAAUGGAGAACUCAGCUGUACUCGGGAGAGUGACCCUGUACGUGGUGCUGAUGGGAAAUCAUACAACAAUAAAUGUUCCAUGUGUAAAGAAUUGCUGCAAAAAGAAGCAGAGGAAAAAAAUAAAAAUUCUGGUUCAAGAUCAGAUGAGAAUGGAUCCACAGGAAGAAAGGAUGUAUGUGAUGAGUUUAGAAGCCAAAUGAAAAAUGGAAAGCUUCUCUGUACUCGGGAAAGUGACCCUGUCAAGGAUCCAAAUGGCAAGAUACAUGGAAAUAAGUGUGCUAUGUGUAAGGAAAGGCUAGAAAAGGAAGUAGCUGAAAAGAAAAUGAAAGAUGAUGAAGUUAAGAGAAACACAGGAGAAAACAAAAAUGAAAAGGAGGAUCUGUGCCAGGAAUUCCGGAACAUGCAGAAAGAUGGAAAGUUUAUCUGCACGAGAGAAAAUGAUCCUAUUCGAGGUCCAGAUGGCAAGAUACACACGAGCAAGUGUGUCAUGUGUCAGACCAUUUUUGAGCAAGAAGCUAAUGAGAGAAAAAGGAAUGAAGAAAAAUCCAGUUCCAAGUCCUCAAAUAAUGAGCAGUGCAGAGAGGGUCCGAACAAAGCCGAGGCAAAGGAUGCAAAAUUUAGGCAGUCUGGGCAUGCCUUGGCCUCAGUUGCCAGGAUCAGUGCAGUGAGUGCAGUGAGCGCCCCCAAAUCAAGCUUUUGAAAACCCUGUAGCAGCAGAGGGAAGGGGCCCUAUUCACUUCCCUUUAUCAUUUUCUAGGACGAGUGCUUGGAGUUUCGAAAGAAGCUGAGGAAUGGUGAGCUCACCUGCACCCGGCAGAGGGACCCAGUGCGUGGACCUGAUGGAAAAGUCUAUAGAAACCAAUGCUUCCUAUGCAGAGCCAUCUUACUUCAAGAAAAGCUAUCACACACUAGAGCCACUGAGCAAGAAGGUAGCCUAGAGUCUUCCAGUUCUUCUCUGGAUUCUGAGAUGUGCAAACACUACCGAGUGUUGCCCAGGAUGGGUUAUCUUUGCCCAAAGGAUAUGGAACCUGUCUGUGGUGAUGAUGGCCAAACUUACAACAACCCCUGCAUGCUCUGUCAUGAAAACCUGAUACGGCAAGCUAAUACACACAUACGCAGCAAAGGGAGGUGUGAGGAGAAGAGCAUCCCAGAAGCAGUAUCUGCCAACACACUCACAUCUGGCAAAUGAUGCGAGAAUUGGUGAAAAUCACAAAGGAAAAUACACCUCCCCUUUCUAAACUGCAUACCUUUACCAUCUGAAUAUACAGAACUUCUUCAGGGCUUAUCUUUUUACUAUAGAAAAUAA